GGAACCUUCCACAGCCCUCCAACCCCGUCUGUCCUCCCGUCCAGCCGAAAUGUUUCCGCCCCUGUGUCAGUCUACCAAAACUGGGUGCUUGUUGUUUGUCCCACCGGAGAAAGAAGUGAUCGAGCUUUACGUUAAUAAAAGAACGCAUUCAGGCUCCCGUCUUUGAGAAACGAUGCCUUCUGAUUGACAUCAACAGCACUAACUGUCCAUAAUGAACAGCGAAGAAGAGUUCUAUGAUGCUGAGACAGGUUUUGAAUCGGACGACUCAUGUGAAGUCAGCUUUAAAGAUGCCUGCGUCUACACGAACAAGCAGACGGCAAAUGGCAAAGUGCUGUCUGAGAAUGGAGUAUGGCAGAGACGAACUACUCUGCCAGCACCCAUGUUCUCCAGGAAUGACUUCAGUGUGUGGGGCUUCCUGAAGAAAUGCAUUGGAAUGGAGCUGUCCAAGAUAACAAUGCCAAUUGUUUUCAACGAACCGCUGAGCUUCUUGCAGAGAAUUACGGAGUAUAUGGAACAUACGUACCUCAUCCAUAAAGCUUGUACACUUUCAGACUCUAUAGAGCGUAUGCAGCUUGUUGCUGCAUUCGCUGUUUCUGCUGUUGCAUCACAAUGGGACAGAACUGGAAAACCUUUUAACCCUUUAUUAGGAGAGACCUAUGAACUCACAAGGAAGGAUGAGGGUUAUCGAAUUAUCUCAGAACAGGUAAGUCACCAUCCGCCAAUCAGCACCUUCUACGCAGAGUCACUCAAUCAGGACUUCACAUUUCAAGGCUCCAUCUACCCUAAACUGAAAUUCUGGGGAAAGAGUGUGGAGGCAGAACCUAAAGGCACCAUGACACUUGAGCUGUCCAAGCACAGAGAGGCUUACACAUGGACAAAUCCAAUGUGUUGUGUGCAUAAUGUUAUCCUGGGUAAACUGUGGAUUGAGCAGUAUGGAACAGUGGAAAUCGUCAACCACAGCACUGGGGACAAGUGUGUGCUGAAUUUUAAGCCAUGUGGCAUGUUUGGCAAAGAGCUGCAUAGAGUAGAGGGAUACAUCCAGGACAAGAGUAAAAAGAAACAUCUGGUUAUCUUUGGGAAGUGGACCGAGUGUGUGUACAGCAUUGAGCCAAAAGUCUACGAAGCCAACAAGAAAGCAGAGAAGAAAAGUGGAGGAGAUUCCAAGAAACACAAGCAGGAGCAAAACCCAGCAAGCGAUGAUGCAGACGAGAUGCCAAACAUCCAGGAAACAGUCACUAUGAUUCCAGGCAGCACUCUGCUGUGGAGAGGAGCCCCUCGACCGCCACACUCCACACAGAUGUAUAACUUUACCAGCUUUGCCAUGACACUCAAUGAGCUGGAGCCUGACAUGGUUGGAGUCUUGGCACCAACAGAUUGUCGUCUUAGACCUGACAUCAGAGCUAUGGAGAAUGGUGAUAUGGACACUGCAAGUCAAGAAAAGGAGAGAUUGGAAGAGAAGCAGAGAGCUGCUAGAAGAGAGCGUGCUAAAGAUGAGGAAGAGUGGUCCACCAGAUGGUUCCAGCAAGGCAGUAAUCCAUACACUGGAGCUGCAGACUGGAUCUACAAGGGUGGUUACUUUGACAGGAAGUACUCUGAACUUCCAGACAUCUACUGAUUUGGUUUGGAUGACAAAGAGAGGCUUAAGAUUCAUCCUUUUCUGUCCUUAACUCAAUCCAUAUCAUCUCUCUUUGCUAAACUCCUUUCAUAUUUAUUUUUCUUCUUUGGAAUGUGAGAAGCAAUUGAACGGUUAUCGGACAAAGCCUUUCCACACCUUGUACUCCCCCACUAAAAUCUGGAAAUUCAGUGUUCAUGAGAAUUUAUUUAUUUAUUUUGAGAGGUAGGGAAAGUCUCACAAAAUUAUUCACACUUAUUUUCAAUGGCUUAUUUUUUCUUUCCAUUUUUGAUUUAUGUAUGUACAGAAUGUUAGAUUAAAAGUUAAACAUUCUGUGCAAACCUAAAUAUGUGUACAGAAAUUAUUAGGUUAAAUGUACGUUCUUGGCUACCUUUCCAUGUGUCUUGCUAGCUACACUCAGGUGUUCAUUUUAUGGGUACAAGUGGUUAGAGAUGGCAGCACUCCAGUGCCGUCUGUGAAGAUGGCCAAUUUUAUGUGAAUUUUGAACUGAGGCUGCUCAGAACAUAUUAGGAGAGCAUAAUUUUUUCCUAAUAUUUGUAUCUAUAUUAUUACUAUAUUCAUAUUAUAUCUCAAUUAUUUGAAUUUAUUAUAAUUGUUUUGUCCAGGAAUGUGACCUCUUAUGGUAGGCAGGGUGUGCAGGUGGGAAAAUCUCACAAAGAUAUUUCCAGGUCAUAUCUCACUCCAAAAUCAAAAGAAAAAAUAUAGCUGCAAGCAGCAAUGCGAUUCCUCCUCAAAAUGGCAAAUUAUGUAAAAUUGAUCAGUAGAGGAUUGUGGUUAAUCCCUCUCAAUGGAGGAACCUCAAAAAACAUGUCUUUCUGUCUGAAACCUAAAUGAAGAAUUUUCAGUGUACAAGAAAAUCCAUCAUGCCGGACCUUAUGGAUCCUUGAGGCUUUUUUGUUCCCAAUGAGAAUGAGGUUUGUACAUUGUUUCAAAAGAAUUGAACAAAUGGGGUGGAAAUGACAUAACUUUGAAAAUAGGACAAUUUGGCAUGGCUUGUAGCCAAGGGCGAAUGUGGGCCAUUCUUGGUUUGUGGGUUCCUGUUGGCCUGUAGUAUCAAUGUACCAAAUUAGAACAUUUUGGACCAGAAAAUGGGAAUUUUGGGCGUGGCCUGUAGCGCCCUCUAAGGGCGAAUGUGGGCCAUUCUUUGCGCAGUACUUCAGAGUGAUGUUAUCCUGAAGCAUGUUAGGUUUGAAAAACCAUCAGUCAAAAUUACAUUUGAUUUAUUGACACAUAUAUGGAUCAAAUAAAUUUUUGCUAAGUAACGUUUUGAAAGACAUCAAUUCUACUCGUGUACCAAAUUUCAAGUCAAUUGGAGCUACUGUUCAGGAGAAGAGUUUUGUACGUUUUCCCAAAUUUUCACUCUACAGGAAAAUCCAUAAUGGCAGAAGUUAUGGUUCCUUGAGGCUUUUUUGUUCCCCAUGAGAAAUUAGGCAUGUACACCAAGUUUCAGAAGAAUUGGACAAAUGGGGUGGAAAUGACAUUACUUUGAAAAUAUUUUUUUUGGGUGUGGCCUGUAGCGCCACCUAUUAGUGAAUGUGGGCCAUUCUUGGUGUGGGGGUACCCGUUGGCAUGUAGUAUCAAUGUGUCAAUUUAGAAAAAUUUUGACCAGUGACUUUUUGAGAUCUUGGGGCUCAAGGAGAAUAAUAAUUAAACCGUCAAUAACAAUAGAUUUCCUCCUACCUGAGGAAUCUAAUUAAGAAUGGAGAGAUUUUACAUUUCGUGACAAUUAAAUUAAUUUUACCCCUAAAAUUUCAUUACUGUAAUGUGAAGAAAUCUCAUUCUCUUUAAAGUAUUUAUAAAUCAUUUUUGCUGCAUUUCAGUAAAGGUCUUUUUUCAUAACAAUACUAAGAAUUUAGAGGAGGUUGAAAUAUAAUUAAUUGUAAUGAAAAUAAUGUCUCAAUGCAAACGCAUUUCUUAAUGGUCCUAAUGGCCCUUUUCUUUUAUGAUAAAUGUUUUUUAUUUUUGUUUUUUUGUUAGGGUAAAAUAUGACCUGGACAUAUUCUUGGCAGUUUUGAGUACCCGAGAAGGAAACAAAGUAGAUUUUUCCAUGUAAUCCCCUAUUUGCGCAGACAUACAUCUCAUUGAUAAGGCUCUCAGGCCAAAUUCUCAUGUCUCCGUGGUACAGGGGAGUUUACUAAAACAAAUAUUCUCAUUCCUCACAUUUCAAAAUGGUUUAGAUCAGUUUUUGUUUUACAGACAAAAAUGAAAGCUGCUUAUGACAAAUGUUUACUUGGUAAAAAGUAGGUGUUUUUAUCAUAGAAAAACAGCACUUAUAAAUAAAAUAAUAAAUAACAUUAGAACCUGCCAUCGACAUUUAGAGUUUAUGGUUGCCAAAGCGACUCUCCUCUUGUAGAAACUAAAGCCAUAUAACUUGUCAGGACUGCAUUGUUGUGUAAAACAUUGUACAAAAACAAUUUUUGUACAAUACAUCCUGGUGUACAAAAAAGUUUAAUGAAAUGGAGAUCGGUGCUAAUCUUUUUGUUUCAGCACUUAUGGCUCACGAAUGUCAAGAUACGUCACCUUAGCCCACAUAUAUACACAUGUACCAAAAAAUACUCUGUUGAUAAUGGAAUGUGCUUAAUUGCUCACAAGCUUUGUGUUAUCCAGCACGUUUCAUUUGGCAAGACAACAGCAACAUGCAAGGACUUCAAACUUCAUAUUCUUCAAACAUACUAAUCAAAGACAAGAGAUGACGUCAGUGGAUUGUAAAAAACACUACUGUCUUUUGUUUCAAAACUUUAAACAAUACUGUGAUUUUAAAUCUCAGAAGCUAUGCAAACAUUGAUUGGAAUGUCUGUUUGUCCAUGAAUUGUUUGUGUUUUAUGUAAAAUACUUUGUUAGGAAUUGUACUGGCAGUUUUACAUGGUUUUGUUGGCUGUUUUGCACAGCUUUUGUAUUUUUUAGCCUGAAGUUUGAUGGAGAGACAAAAUUAUGUGUAACUGCAAAGACAACGCUGUUAUCAAAUUGUUAGCUUAUUGUCGACCAUCUAAACUUAAUGGGAGCUCAUCAUCUAUUGUGUAGCACAAGAGUGUUUCAAUUUGUAACGUAAUAUUUUCCAUGUAGUGCAUACAAUUGCAAAAGACAAGUGUCAGACCAUGUAAUAUUUUAGAGGAAAGAGAUAGCUAUGAAUUAUCCCUCUGUAUAUUUCAUACAGUAUAUUCUGGCAUGUCUAAACAUAAAUUAGUCUCACAUCAAUGUUUACUAGCAAUUCUCUAGAAAUAGCUUUCCAUAAUAUUCUACCAGCUGCUAACUUGACUUUUAAUGCCCUUAAAAUUAUGAGACAUUAAAGGAAAAAAAAUCUUUACACGCAUCCCCAAUUGCCUCUCUGUCCAUCAUUGCUGUUUCAAUCAUAUUAUGUUCAUGUAAAUCUGGUCACAGUAAAUGCAACUAUGUAAAGCAAACGUACACUCAGAUAUGUAUGUCAAUUUCAAGUGAUUCUGUCUGUGUUCUUAUGAGCUGUUGUUAUUGGUCGUGACACUAGGGAUUGUUUCUAUUGUGAAACUCACUACUUCACAUAUACUGUAGAUGCCCAAAUUAUGCCACUGUGGUGCUAUGCUGGCUUUACAUAAUUGUACAUGAUAUAUUGUGACUUUCUACUGCAUUUGUUAAGAUCAUUUGAAUCAUCACAGUUUGUGACAGAAAUACACUUAAGCUUUCUUAUGAAUCUGCUCAUGUGUAAUCUAGCAAUAUUAUAUAUGAGAUCUCACAGAUUGAAUAAACUUCAGUUUGCUUUUUUUAUAUUUAAAGUUAAAUGAAUGGUAUUGACACACCAUUUGGAAGAAGCUAGGCUUCCUUGAUAUGUAAGUUUGUGUAUUAUCUUUUUUCCUGCAUUAUUUUGACCUAAAAUGUGAACUGGUCUUUAUCAAAGUCAAUGCCAUUGAUAGAGGAUCUGAUUAAACACAUAAAAC